GUAUCCAUAACCUGUGAAGGCUUCAUGAAGCUCGCAGCCACAGCAUGUGUAUCGGAACCCAGAUAUUGCUUGUGCUUUUAGUGCAUGCGGUGUCCUCGAUCCCUUCUGGCUGCCCAGAGCGCUGUGUGUGUGAUGACCAGCAUGUUGUCCAGUGCGCUGAACAAGAUCUCUGCAGAUUCCCAACAGGACUCCCACUGACCACCCGCCAGCUCAUCCUGUCCAACAACCGAAUCUCUGAUUUACCUGCGCUUGAGCUCAAUUUCCUGUCAGACCUUAUGUAUCUGGACUGCAGCAAUAACUCUCUCACACACAUAUCUGAAUCCACAUUUGCAAACCUGAGGAAGUUGGCAUAUCUGGACCUGUCCUUUAAUUCCUUGGGUAAGAUUGAGGAGCAGACCUUCAGAGCGCUGGAGAGCCUGGUGAUGUUGAGACUGACGGAUAACCCCAGGCUGUCAGAAUUUCACCCUCAGGCUUUCCCGCACGCCAGUGGGAUUCAGGUGCUGGACAUCAGCAGGAACAACCUGAGCAGACUCAAUGUGAGCUCCCUCAUGGCACUCGGCGGGCUCAGGUCUCUCGGGCUGAGUGGGAAUCCGUGGCUGUGUGGCUGCGACACGGAAGAGCUCUGCUUAUGGAUGCACACAGACACCGUCAAAUUUCAAGAAGCCACUCUAGAGUGUCUCGCACCCUUUGGUGUGGCCCAGAUGAUCAUCCCAGGGCCAUUAAAUCUACCUGUCAUAGACACAGAGGCCAUCCCAGAGUCGUCUGCACUACUUGUCAGGGCCAACAAAGAGUCAGUCCCUGAGUUUGUUCCAUCAGCCCAUGAGGACGCUUCUGAAUUUAAUUAUGCAGCUCCCAUGGGCCUUCCAGAGUCCAGUCCAGUAGCCCUGGAGGGUCCUCCCAAGCCUACCUUUGUAGCCCCCGAGGGUAUUCCAAUGUCUGUUCCUGAGACAUUCACCUUCCCUGCCAGUGCGGUCAUGGCUCCUGAAUUCAAGUCCUUCUCUAGUCAAAAGUUAGUUCCUGAGCUAGCCCCCAGCCCAAGAGUUACUCAUGUUGGUUAUGUUUCUCAAGCCAGAGGUGGUGCCCUGCCGACAUCCAAGUUUGGUCCCUCAUCUAUCCCACUGGCUGGCACCGGUGGAUAA